AUGAAAUUGUUUAUAUGUGUCUUGGGGCUGUGCGCCACUCUGGCGACAGUGAACGCAGGACUUCUGGGCCUGUUGAAGGGAGGCGGAGGCGGCGGCGGCGGCGGUGGUUAUGGUGGUGGAUAUGGCUCUGGCGGCGGAUAUGGUGGUGGUUACGGCGGCAGUGGAGGUGGCGUUCAGGUAAUCAAAGUCAUCAACACCUAUGAGGGCGGCCAUGGAGGUGGUGGCUACUCCGGUGGCUAUGGAGGAGGCUACUCUGGUGGCUACGGAGGCGGUUACUCUGGUGGUUACGGAGGUGGCCACUCUGGCGGCUAUUCAGGUGGCUACGGAGGUGGCGACUAUGGCCAUGGCGGUCACUCCCAUGUCGAUGUUUAUAAAGUAAUCACUACCACACAUAGUGGCGGAAGCUACGGUGGCGGUAGCUACGGAGGCGGUGGCUAUGGAGGUGGUGGCUACGGAGGCGGCGGUUGGUCCAGCGGAGGAGGCGGUGGCUGGUCCAACGGCGGCGGCGGCGGCUGGUCUAGUGGCUGGAAGAAAUAA